AACCCUAGUCCAAAUUAACCGCCCCCAUCUCUCUCUCUGAAAACCCUAGACAGAAGAAAUGGGCAAGGUGAAGGGAAAGCAUCGCUUGGACAAAUACUACCACUUGGCCAAAGAACACGGCUACAGAUCCCGCGCGGCAUGGAAGCUCGUCCAGCUCGACUCCAAGUUCAGCUUCCUCCGCUCCUCCCGCGGCGUCCUCGACCUCUGCGCCGCCCCCGGCGGCUGGAUGCAGGUAGCCGUCGAGCGAGUCCCCGUCGGCAGCCUCGUCAUCGGCGUCGACCUCGUCCCCAUCCGCCCCGUGCGCGGCGCCAUCGGCGUCGAGGAGGACAUCACCAAGCCCCAGUGCAGGGCCACCGUCAAGAGGCUUAUGAGCGAGAACGGAUGCAGGGCGUUCGAUCUGGUGUUGCACGAUGGGUCGCCGAACGUCGGUGGUGCUUGGGCGCAGGAGGCGACGAGUCAGAACGCUUUGGUUAUUGAUUCUGUGAAGCUUGCUACGGAGUUUUUGGCGCCGAAAGGAACCUUCGUUACUAAAGUUUUCAGGUCUCAAGAUUACAGUGCUGUCCUGUACUGCCUUAGACAGCUAUUCGAAAAGGUUGAUGUGGAUAAACCUGCAGCCAGUCGUUCAACGUCUGCUGAGAUUUAUAUCAUUGGUUUGAAGUACAAGGCCCCUGCAAAGAUUGAUCCACGUCUUCUUGAUUUUAAGCAUCUAUUCCAGGGAGGAAAAGAACCUCCAAAGGUGCUGGACGUACUUAGAGGAACCAAGCAAAAGAGACACCGUGAUGGGUAUGAAGAUGGAGCGACAGUUUUGAGGAAGGUUUGCUCAGCUUCGGAUUUUGUUUGGUCUGACUCUCCCCUUGAGAUUCUUGGUUCAGUUACAUCUAUCACUUUCAAUGAUCCUGCUUGUUUGCCUAUAACAGAUCAUGCCCUGACAACAGAAGAGGUUAAAGCUCUUUGCGAUGAUCUGCGUGUCUUGGGAAAGCAAGACUUCAAGCAUCUUUUGAAGUGGCGUAUGAGUAUAAGAAAGGCACUGUCCCCCUCACACAAGGCUACUUCAACCACUGAUGUCGAGCCUGAGAGUAAGGUUGAUGAAGAUGAGAAAAUGCUUAAUGAGAUGGAGGAGUUGACUUAUGCUAUGGAUCGCAAGAAGAAACGAGCUAAAAAAGUUCUUGCAAAAAGACAAGCUAAGGAAAAAUCAAGGAAAGCAACAGGGAUGCAAGUGGAUGCUACGGAGGAUGGUUACACUGAUCAUGAGUUGUUUUCUCUAUCUUCUAUGAAGGGGAAGAAGGAUUUAGCAGUUGUUGAUACUGGUGAAUAUGAUGAUGAAACUGGUGAUGUGGUAGAUAGUGAAGAUGAAACCCGUAAAGAGCAGCAGGAAUUAUCUUCUAGUGAUGUGGAUUCUGACGAAGAACGCAAAAGAUACGAUGAGCAGAUGGAAGAGAUGCUUGAUCAGGCUUAUGAACGUUUUGUGGAGAAAAAAGAAGGAAGUACAAAGCAGAGAAAGCGUUUAAAGCAGAUGCAUUUGAAAGAUGGUGAACUUUCUGAGGAUGGUGAUGAAGAUGAGAGGAUUCCUUUAGACCAAGAUUCAGACAAUGAUGGGGCAGAUCAUGAAGCAAAUCCUCUCGUGGUGCCACUCGAGGAAGAACCAACUCAAGAGGAGAUUGCUAGGAAGUGGUUUCUUUUAGAUGUCUUUGAUGAGGCAGAUGAUGAGCUUGUGGGAGACGUGGAUAAGUUCGAUAGUGAAGAUGAAAUGAAGGUGGAUGAAGCACCGAAACAACUCAGGCUUGCGGAAGGGACCAAAAAAAUUGAUAUGCAGGUGGCUGAGCCAGUAGAACCGCCCACUGUUCCCGCAAAGAACAAGAAAAACAGAGAGAAAGAAAUUCAACCUUCAAAGAAAACUGAAGAUGAUUUUGAGAUAGUCCCCGCUCCAGCUUCAGAUUCUAGCGAUGACUCAUCUUCUGAUGAAUCGGAUGACGAUGUGGAAACAAAAGCUGAGAUUUUGGCAUAUGCGAAGAAAAUGUUGAGGAAAAAGCAAAGGGAGCAAAUGUUAGAUGAUGCCUACAACAAACAUAUGUUCCAUGAUAAGGGAUUGCCCAAAUGGUUCGAGGAUGAAGAGAAGAAGCAUCGUCAACUAGUGAAGCCCAUCACUAAAGAGGAGGUCGCUGCAAUGAGGGCCCAAUUCAAAGCAAUUGAUGCGCGGUCUUCUAAGAAGGUUCUCCAAGCCAAGGCCCGGAAGAAGCGUGUAGCGAUGAGGCAGCUAGAAAAGGUUCGGAAGAAGGCAAACACCAUAUCGGACCAAGCAGACAUAUCGGAUCGUUCGAAGACAAAGAUGAUUGAAAGCCUUUAUAAGAAGUCGACGCCCAAAAGGCCUCAAAAGGAGUAUGUGGUGGCAAAGAAAGGGGUCCAAGUGAAGGUUGGAAAGGGGAAAGUGCUUGUCGAUCGACGGAUGAAGAAGGAUGCAAGGGCGGACAAGAAAGGCAAGGGUAAUUCGAAGAAGGGAAAGGGUGGCCAGAAAGGUAAAGGGGAUGGAAAGGGUGGUCAGAAAGGUAAAGGGGAUGGAAAGGGUUCAGCAAAGGGGAAAAGUGGGUACAAAGGUAGAAAGGUGAGAAAGGGCUAAGUUAAAUUGAGAAAGGCUAGUCUUUGGUUUUGGUUUUCACUUGGUGUCUGUUUACUGCUUGAUUUAUUUAACAAACUCAAUGUACUGCUUAUGAUUCUAUGUAGAGGUUUUUGUUGUAUACCUCACAUUUUUACUUUAUUUGUUUGUUUUCACUCGAUAAUUUCUCGAGUCAACAUUUCUAUGGUAUGAAUCAAUAAUAAGAUCACUUUAGGUUAACCACUGA